AUGACAGGAAGCACUCUGUCUGGAAAUAAGGUACACAUAUAAAUAUUAAGUAUAUAUUAAGAUGUAACAUUAACUUUAUCAACAAGAAGUGAGCUUAGUAAGAUGUAUCUGAGAGGUUGGUGCAGCCACAGGAGACCCAGGCAAGCAGUCACGCAAUUUGCUUGGAAUGCCUGUGGUGUAAAGAAGAAAUUUAUUUUAAGUUUAGUAGGUAAACAAGACAGCAGUUUGUGUGGUAUCCAUCCUCUACCAUGACUGUGCUAGUCAGUGGAAGAUGACACAUACUAUAUUUAUUCAAUUAAACACCACAGUGUUCAUUAAAUUUUUGUUAUGCAAGUGCGGUAUUUCUUUGAUGUUUAUAAUUAUAAAAAACAGAAAUAUGUUUAAGUGCUUGUCUAAAAGGUAAUUUUUAUAUAUCGUUCUAAAUUUCCCAAUUUUCAUGUUAAUACUACUGCAAUACAUAAAGUGAAUAAAGAUGUAAUGUUGAAUAUGCUUUCUCAGUAUCAGAACUUGUACAUUCCAAAGGAUUUGUGUCUGGUUCACUCAAAAUUUUCCAACUUCAAUCAAAGCAUUGAUUGCAUCAUGAUGCGGCAUUUAUUGAAGGGCAGCAGUUACCUAUAUAAUUCUGCUCUAAAAUGCAGUGUUAAUCAAUAGCAGUGUUUAUUCAAAUAAAUAUGGUAUGUACUAAUUAAACCGCACUCACCAAAGUGAGAGGAAGAUCACAGUGGUUACAUUUUGCCAGCCUUUGUUCAAAGUACAGAUAUUUUUUUUACCGUGACUGCUAUUUUGGUUUUCAAUUUUUUCAUUCUCUCAAAGUCAUUACAGCUUAGGUUUUUUUUGUAUAGCUGAAGGUCUUAAUCAAGAGAUAGCUGAGGAUGGUUCAACUUAGAGCAAUUAAAAUCUGCAUUAGCAUGAGCACUAUUGCAUGAAAUUAUUGCAGUGUAGAGGCUGAUGUUAUGCUAAAACAAUUGCAAGAGAGAGUAUAGUUGUUCUGAUGCAAAUGAGAGUAAUAUUAUAAUAAUUGUAGUACCUUCUAAUAAUCUGAGUAAAGUGACUAUAAUUAUAUGGAAAUAUGUCACUUAAAUUGUGAAGUCUUGCUGUGAACACUACUUAAGUAGUAGUGAGAAUAAGGCUUGAAUAAAGUUCAGGCCUGUAUGCAAUUUAAACCCAUGACCUCAGUGAUACCUGUACAGCACUCUACCAACUAUAUGAUUUUCAUGUAUAUUUACAGUCAUUUAUUUACCACUUUGAGGGUUUUUUGGGAAACAACAUGAUGACCAGUUCCCAGUGGGCUUGUUAGCUCAGUUGGUGGAGUGUUGCACCAGUAUCAUGAUGGUGGAGGUCAUGGGUUCAAAUCCUGUAUGGGCCUGAAUUUUUUUCAGGCCUUAUUUUGGUACUACUUAAGUAGUGAUUAGAACUGCGAGGAUUGCUUCGAUAUUCAUUUCUUCAACUGCAGUACACAUAUAUAAUUUUCAUAUCUUUACAUUCAUGUAAGCUAUUGAUCGUUAGACAAUUCCUCUUUGUUAGCAUUUUAGAAAAUGUAUAGAGAACAAUAUGGAGAAUAUGCAGACUGAGUUAAUCAUGUGUAAAAGGUUAAGCACAUCCUCAACUGCUGAGUAACCUUAAAUUGUGCUUGUCUCAUUUGGCUAUGCCAAUAUUGUUUUAGGUUCGUAAGCUAGAGUUUUCGUUGGCUGAUACCCUGGAUAAGAAGUGUGACACAAUCUUCACAUCGUGUGGUGGAAUCCAGUCCAAUCAUUGCAAAAGCACUGCAGUUGCUGCAAGACAACUUGGUUUGGAUUGUUAUCUGUUCUUAAGAAGUCCUGAACAGGCACGUGUUUGAUUUACUCAAAAUUAACUUCAAAGCAUCCUGAGUCAUGAUCAAAGAUCUGUCACACCUAAGCACAAGUAAUGAUUAGUAAUAAAAGAAUUUUGGUAGAUUUUGGUUAGCCAAGGCUUACAAUCAGACAAAGAGUGGCACCCAUGUGAUCUAUUACUAACAGUAAUGGAGACAUAGCAACAUGGAGUCUUAUAAUUUUUUGUUUGUCCCAUGCUCACAACAAGACAAAACAGCUUCUUUCUCUUUUUCUUUACCAAGCUCAAAACUUACCAUCUUUCUUAUUCUAUUUACAAAACAUGACACUAACAACAUUGCUGAUCCAAGCAUUAUGCAGGACCAUAAAGUCUCUUUAGUUCAGUGGUAGAGCGUCAGAGCACAGAAUCCAAAGGUCUGAGGUUUGAUUCCUCAUGGGGACUUCCACUCUCGACAAGACAAAAAAACAUCUUUCUUGAUUUCUUUACAAAGCUCAACACUUAAUUACCACGAUCUUUCUUAUUCUUUUUACAAUAUGUGGAACCUGUUUUUUAAUUGAAAGCGCUUCAUGUUUCAUUAAGCAGUGGACUUACCACCAUCAUCAUCCAAAGGAUUGGACAAUAAUGGUGAUGAUAAUGAUAAUUGUAAUGAUGAUUGCAGUGAAAAUGAGAUGACAAGAUUCACAACUGCACUAUCACAUAUAAUAGUUGAGCAAAGGUUUCUAUGAGAUUUGAGGCAAACAGAAAAAAACUGCAUAGUAGGCUGCUAAUAUAGGUUCAGUCUUUUCUCUAAUGUUGCUCAUUUCAGAGAAAAUAGGAACCAAUUUGCUUCACCUAAAUGGCAAAUUCUAAGAAACUUAGCAAACCUAUUUCAACUUACAUUUGAUCUUUUUUCUUCAUGCAGACCACGGAUAUUGAUUGUGAAGAAAACCUUUAAACAAAUUGGUUGGAAGUCAAAUUAUUGUUGUUCCUCAGCUUCAAUACAAAUCUGGCCUUAAACAAAUGAUGGAGAAAAUUUCUGAAAAAUUGUAAGUAAAAGGUCAGAGGACUGUAUAUACUAGAAAGUUGGCACCACUAUGAUUGCAAUCAUAAAAAUUUCCAUCUCAAACUGACUUUUUUAAGGCUUAUUUUGGACAGAGCUGUCACUAAGUGGUGAUAAUAAGCCAGCUCAUUUUAUUAUGAUUGCCAUUUCACAGUUUUGAAUGGAAUUGACUGCAUAUUAAUCUAACAGUAACAGGUUUAGAUGCAGGGAUACAGAACUUGCAUGAGAGAUUUUGAGGAAUCUCCUUUAAUGCCAAACAUACAAUGAGAAUAAAGAAAAGUAUCAAUUAAGGAAUUAUUAGUGUGAACAAUACCAAAUUCUCCAAACUAACUUCGUAGGAAUUUUGUGGUACACAUUAAGGAGAAUUACCAAUGAGAUCCUGGGAGUGAAAGGGUUAGCAGAUCAAACACAUGUUCAAAUGUGAACCCUUUACACCCUAACAUCAGUAUACAUGUUCUCUAUGCUGUUCUCUAUACAUAUCAUAAGGUUCUGACAAGGAGAAUUUGAUAAACAAUCAAGAGCUUCUGUAGUUGAUGAUCAUUUCCUUCAUUCAUGUGACCUUAAUGUGUAAAUUAGGGAUGAUACUGUUUAGAGAAUUUAGAUGCUAGUCACUCUAAGGGAAUAAAGCAUCUAAUUAAUUUGUAAUGGAGGUAAUUUUUUCUAGGGGUUCCCAAUUUUAAGGCGAUUCCAAAUUUCUUGUUGACCAGGAGUUUAUAGAAACCACACAGGAGACCAAUAGAUUCUGUUCUGUCAUAUGACUCUGGGGAAAUGCUAGGAAAACUCAAGAGAGUUGUUAUAAUUAUUACACAGUGAGUAAACACAGUGAGUAAAGAAGGAAGCAGAUAUUGGAGAAUUCUGGAACUAAGUUUUGUUGGGCUAAGUUAUUUUUAACCCAGAUGUGGAGAAUUUUCUCCUCAAAUUACUUACUUACUUCACCUGCUUUCGUGUUUCUCAAUAAAAAUCCUGCAUGUAUGCCGAGGCAUGUUUGUGGAUGUUUGUUAAAGUUCCUUCCUACUGACUUUGUGUGCUUUUUUUUUCAGGAAGGAACAGGGCUCAUCAGCCUAUCUAAUUGAAGUUGGAGGCUCCUCUUACAUGGGGAUGUGCAGUUACUUAGCAGCCUUUCAAGAAAUGAUAGAUCAGGUAAAAUUACAGGCUUUUUCUGUAUUGUGUGCUCAUAUGUGCAUUUCUGGUCAAGAGGUCAUGAAUGCAGUUAAACACUGAUCACAGUCAAAAGCCUGUUUCUUAAAAGAUUUUAUUCUGGAUAUCUGCCAAAAUGUUGGCUUUGUUUGUUUCAGAAUGUGCUGGAGAAUUUUGAUGACAUUGUUGUUACAGUUGGCAGUGGUGGAAGUGCAUCAGGAAUAGCCAUUGAUAACUAUUUAACAUGA